CUAAUAAGGAACCGGAACGCCCAAGUUCAACCAUAAGAUUCUCUGAUCGUACCACUGUUAUACCUUAUAAGGAAUCAGAACGUCCAAAUUCAACACCAAGAUUCUCUGGUCGUAACUCUGUUAUACCUAAUAAAGAAUCAGAACGUCUAAGUUCAACCCCAAAACUCCCUGGUCGUACCUCUGUUCUACUUAAUAAACAAUCAGAACAACAACAACAACGUCAACAAGAAGAACAAAAGUACUUUUCAGAAUCUGAAUCAAUAUCAACUCAAACAGAUUUAACACUUACAAUGGCAUCAAGUAUAGUCGGAAAUAAAGAUUAUCAAAAAUAUUUACCUGAAAAAUAUACUAAACGUAAUACAAGUGAUUCGCCAUACCGGUCAUUAGCAAUACUGACGUGGAAAAAUGACGAUGUGCUUGAUUUUUUAUAUGAUUUUAAAUUACAUCUAAUGAUGCCAUUAUGUGAAUCCAUGUCAGGUCGAGCAUUGCUAGGAUUGUAUGGAAUGUGUCAAAGAAAACCUCAUCGUGUUUAUAGACAACUAAAUAGCGAAUUACGUGGUCAUUAUCCUAACCUAACUUUACCAAUGGCUAUUUUUAAUCAAUUUUUAUCUGAAAUAGAUACUUUAAUAACUUCUCCACCUAAUUCAAAGCGAGUACUACCAUCCGCACUCUCAAAUGAUAGCUACUAUCCUGGAUUUAUGCCUAUAACAGAUCAAUCAUCAGUAUUAUCGAUGAAAUCUAAUUAUACACAAUCAGAACUUUCGAUGAUGUCCACUGGUACAUUGAGCAGUGGUACACCAAUGAAUGGAGUACCUCAUACUUCACGAGUUAUUGAACGAGCUGUCUUUCGGCCAGCAUCCAGUGCUAAUCGACCUUAUGAUUUAGUUGUUGAAAGUAAUGACCGUGCGAGCGUCAUAUUUCAACAAGUUAAACGUUAUUCACCUCAGCUAUAUUUACUUCAACAACAAGCACGUGAAUAUCGUGAAAUGAACGGCAUGCAUUAG